AUGUAUCGCUUAUCGACAUUGUUACUUUUCUUCACUGGUUCAUUGGGUCAAAUAACUCUUAAUGGCACGUGCGAUUUUACAAAUCUGUCUGCAGAAAGGAACUUGAAUGUACCAAGGUUGUCAGGGCACUGGUACCAGAUCAGAAGAAUCAAGAAUUUGCAAGAAUCCGGCACUUGUUCAACAAUGAACAUCAACGCCACUGUAAUAAACAACGCGCCACCAAAGAUCACGAUAUCUAACAAAGAAGUGAGCGAUAAAAAGAUGCAUUACCGGAACGGGACCAUUACGCUCAACAAUGGAUACAUAGGGAAAUUCUCUAUAAAUGUCUCCGAUAUCGUCUACGACUCGAUGAUACUUGCCACAAACUACACCGACUACGCUGUAUUGUACAGUUGUAACAAUAUUAAUAACUCCACAAAGAACGUAUGGGCAUGGGUGCUAAGCCGAAACUCGACGUUGACUGCAAAUCAGAAAGAUUUAAUCCAAUCAGUCAUUAAUAGAAACGCGGAACUGAAGAAUGCUACUUGGGUCACUCCAGAGCAUUCUAAGAAAGCCUGUGAUCCCAACGCGAGUGUAUCGUAUAGAAUCUCGCCUGUUUUAAUUUUAAUCUCUGUCUUAAUUGUAUGCAAAGAUGUAUUUUCUGGUAAGGAAUUA